AUGCAUCAACUUCAUGGGUUCGUCGAACCAGAUAAACCUUCUCAUGUUUGUCUUCUUCGCAAAGCUCUUUAUGGUUUGAAGAAAGCCCCGAGGGCUUGGUAUCAACGGUUUGAAACUUACAUUAUUUCUCUUGGGUUUGUGAAUAGCAAGAAUGACACGUCACUGUUUGUUUAUCGCAAAGGUUCAGAAAUGGCUUAUUUGCUCUUAUAUGUCGAUGAUUUUGUCCUUGCUUCAUCUUCGGACUUUCUAAAGCUCAGGCUCAUCUCUCUUCUUAGCUCAAAAUUCGCUAUGACUGAUCUUGGUCCCCUCACUUAUUUUCUUGGUAUCUCUGUCUCUCGCACAAAAUCCGGUAUGUUCUUAUCUCAACGCCAAUAUGCUCACGAUAUUUUGUCACGGGUGGACAUGUCUUCUUGCAAGCCUGCCACUACUUUCGUCAAUACUAAGUCUAAGCUUAGUACGGGUAGUGGUCCGCCAAUUUCUGAUCCCACAUUGUAUCGUCAGCUAGCGGGCGCCCUUCAAUACCUGACAUUCACAAGACCGUAUAUAACCUACAUCGUGCAACAUAUUUGUCUCUUCAUGCAUGAUCCGCGUGAACAUCAUCUUCAUGCUCUUCGUCGGGUUCUUCGGUAUAUCAAAGGUACAAUUGAUUAUGGAAUGCACUUGGCUGCCUCAUCCACCACGGGUCUUAUAUCUUACACCGACGUCGAUUGGGGUGGCUGCCCCGACACACGACGAUCCACCUCCGGGUACUGUGACUUUCUUGGUGAUAACCUUGUGUCAUGUCAUGGUCCUCAAAACGCCAAGCCACCUUAUCUCGUUCAACAUCAGCGUACUAAGCAUGUGGAGAUGGACAUCCAUUUUGUCCGUGAGAAGGUCGCUCUUGGUCACAUUCGAGUUCUGCACGUCCCAUCUGCUUACCAAUACACUGACAUUUUACGAAGGGUCUCCCCGGCCCUUUGUUCAACGAUUUUUGCUCCAGUUUAA